UGCUGUUUGUUGUGAGGAUACGCAGCGUAAUUGAUUGCAAAAAGUGGCGAGUCUUUCUUUUCCUGGAUUCCUUCGUGUGCAGUUAAGAACAGAGUCAACAUCCGCUUUCGUUCUGUUUAGAAACGUUUAAGUGACUUGGAAAACCGCACCCGCUUCGUGUCAAGGUCCACAGAAGGAAGGAGCUGAAAGGGUUCUAAAUCCAUUCCCAAUCGCGCCAUUAUCGAGACAAUCGUCCUGCAAUUAAGAUUGCGGAAUAGUUUUGCUUUUCAUCGCCCAAAUGGAAUGAGCAAAUUGUUCCUAAUCCAACCAAUAAUCCUGACUGGCAGCUGGAACAACCUUUGAUAAGCAUUCAUUGAGUCUUUUUCGUGAUGACUCAUCGUGGUCAUUAAAAAGAGUCACUUUGUUUAGAAACUAGCUGAUGCGAAAAGGCGACUGCCCCACCAUACACACAGCAAAGAAACAGGAAUUGUCAUCUUUGGUGAAAGAUGUUUUCCUUCUUCAAGAGCAAAAAACCCAGCCCCGAUCAAACACCGAAUGAGCCGAUUCCGGGACCGGUGCAGUCACCGCCGCGUGAGGACAGCUUCAUCUUCAUCGAGCGGCGCCCAAUUCCGAACAGCAGCGGAGGCAGCGCCCAGCCUGAAUCCAGCAUUAGCGCGGAGGGUGCUGGCGCCCCGACAGGGCCGGGUACACCGGCGGCCACUUCCACCGUCAUGCGGCACCGAAGCGAGGAAAAGGUUGGUCAUUACGCGCUGCACGGUGUACCAUUUCGACUAGGUACCGAGAUCGAUCCGUCCUACGCCGAUCCGGAAAUGACUCGCCUCCAGGUGACCGAAAUACUAACCUUCAUCGGUCGGGCGUCCGCUAUGGAGCUCGAUAGUCCCGUUGACUACGAUUUCGCACUGGAACGAAGCGUGUUACUGGAAUGAAAAUAGCACCCGUAUGGUGAAUUGUGCAUCGUAGCGAGGAAAUGAAUAUCGAAUGCUUAUGUUGUUUCAUACCAAAUUGAAACACGUUGCUAAAUCAUUAAAUUAUGUAACGGAAAGGAUAUCAUUGUUACCCAAAAUCCUUUUUGUACCAGUGAUUGAAUGAAACGAAAUACAAAAUUGACGAACAACCGAA